AUGUCUUGGAACCAAUACACCGAAGGAAUCGUCGCUACCGGCAAGCUCGACAAAGCCGCCAUCUACUCUGCUGCUGGUGACUCAUUGUGGGCUGAAACCGGCGGUUUCCAGAUUGCCCAGCAAGAAAUCACUACCAUUGCUGGUGGAUACGCUGAUCCAUCUCAAUUGCAGGCCCACGGUUUGCACGUUGAGGGCAAGAAGUACUUCUUGUUGAGAGCCGACGAUAGAUCUAUCUAUGCCAAGCAAGACGAUCAGGGAAUUGUGGCAGUUAAGACCAAGCAGGCCAUCAUCAUUGCUCACUACCCUUCGGGCGUCCAGGCACAGGAGGCCACGGCGGUGGUUGAGAAGUGGGCCGACUACUUGAUCGGCGUGGGAUAUUAG